CUUUACUUCUGCCAAACCUUUUCGCCCAACUGGCGCCGAGGCAAGGCGCCUCCACAACACACCGCUCUUCAACACCAGACGAACUCUUUUUCUUUUGUGUUUUUUGUACGCACCGUCUGAACGCCAGCUGCAAGCGUCGAUCGGCCCGAAGGGCAAUGUCGGGUCAUGUCGCUCUCGCCGAAGCGCUCAGCCUCAGGCACUACACGACUCCUGCAACGACGACGUCAACGUCCCCUCCGAACAAGGAACAUCAGCAGCAAAUCCGGCCUAGGCAUCAGAUAAAACGAUCGAUAACAGAAUUGUCGGCGCCGAUACGUAAACACAGGCACAGCCACUCGCUCAGCCGACGGAACGAUGACAAGGCAUCCAUACCUCAAUCGGCAGCGCCCAUGAUGCAGCUCGGCCAGCAGCCGGGGAUGCUCCAGGCCCGACCGUCCUAUGACGGCCCCCGGUCGGAGGGCGUCACCCCGUACAACCUCAGUCCCAACCCCAGCCGGAGGCCUAGUAUCAUGGGUGGAGUCGGAGAUGACGGUACGCCCGGUUCUCGUAUGCCCAUCUCGUCUGCGGCCACGCCAGAGCGGAAGCUGGCGAAGCAUGAGGAUCCGGCCGCAGAGCGGGCCAAAGCACUGGCUACAACUAGAGCUCUCAAAACAGUCGCGGGAGACCUUGCGUCCUUGUCUUCGGACGCGUCCCGUCGCCUCGAUGAAACCUACUCAUCCAUCUCCGACAAGCUGGACACACUACAACGCACGGUCGCGGACCUCCAAGAGCUCACAGGCAUGUGGCGGGAGGGCAGCACGGCGUUUGCCCAGGAGGCGAGGGACCUGGUCGACGACGUAAACAACCAGAUCGAAGGGCUUGGCACGUACGAGCCGCAUCGCGCACGCAUAGAGACGCUGCAGUCACGCAUCCACGACGGUCGCGAGCGCAUCCAGGGCCUCAGCCAUAGGGUCGAGGCCGUGAGAGAGCGGAUCGACGGCUGGGAGCGCGCGGACAGGGAGUGGCAGGAGAGGACGCGCCGUCGGCUCAGGACGGGAUGGAUCGUCAUGUCGAUUCUGGCGCUGGCAUUCCUCCUGCUGUGGGUCUUCGUGGCGACCGUUGUGCCGGAGGAUGUUCUCGAUGCCGUAGAGGCCACUCCGACCACGGAACCCCCGCCAUGGGUGCAGAAGGCUUUGGAAGAGGGGACCGUACCGGAACCGCAUGAGAUCGGGGCUGCGGCAGGAGAUGGGGUCACUUCGGGAGAUCGGCUGCUCAGGGCGCUUGAUCAUGCUCUCGAAGAUUCGCGAAACGGAUCUGACGAGGGGCUGAGGGUGUUUGAUGAAUUGUGAAUUAAUGUAUUAUUAUUGUUUUACUAUUCAAAUAAUUUGCAUGCUCGUCUACAUGUACCGUGUGGCGGACCUUAAUUACAUAUAUAUAAAGCUCUAGAA